GUGUGCAACACGCUACAUCGCCUCAGUUAGGUAACAACUUCCCAGGUCACUUUCUACACGCGAAUAGCAGCGGAUCUUACGGAUCUUACUCAUAUUUCUUCACCGACAGCGCUUUGGUGUCCAAGGUUAAAACACUCAGUGUCAACUUUUAGCGGCGACUUUCAGCCCACGUAAAAUGGUUUUUUACUUCACGAGCGCCGUGGUGAACCCUCCCUUCACGAUCUACAUGGGAAAAGACAAAUAUGAAAAUGAAGAUCUUAUCAAAUAUGGAUGGCCUGAAGAUAUUUGGUUUCAUGUGGACAAACUGUCCUCGGCUCACGUUUAUCUGAGAAUGCCAAAGGGUCUAACCAUCGAUGAUAUACCCCCAGAGGUGCUGAUAGACUGCGCGCAACUGGUGAAAAACAACAGCAUCCAAGGCUGUAAGAUGAACAACAUCAAUGUGGUUUACACACCGUGGGCCAACCUGAAGAAAACAGGAGACAUGGAUGUCGGACAGAUCGGCUUUUAUCGACAGAAAGAGGUGAAGAUCGUGGCAGUGGAGAAGAAGAUUAAUGAGAUAAUAAACCGUCUGGAGAAAACAAAAAUGGAAAGAUUCCCUGACCUGGCGGCAGAGAAAGAAUCGAGAGAUCGGGAGGAGAGGAACGAGAAGAAAGCUCAACUGCAGGAACAGAAGAGGAGAGAGAAGGAGGAGCAGAAGAGGAAAAAAGAGAUGGAGGAGCUCAGGAACUACUCUGCACUUAUGAAGACUGAAAACAUGAAAACUAAUGAGGACGGCUAUGAUUCCGAUGAUUUCAUGUGAGAGCAGAAAACAAGGUAGCAAGCAUGCUCCCCCACUGCUUUGGCUUCCAGUAACUGACAAUGAAAAGAUAUUAAAAAGAAAAAAAACCCCGGCGGAUACCUCUUUGGGACACUUAGAGCAGAAAGCGAGCCAGCGAGGGAUGGAAGCUUCGGGACUUGUGGUUCAGACCAAACUGAGCUGACUGACCUCAUCACAAAGAGGACACUGUGGACAAGAAAGCACAGGACACCAGGAUUAAUGAGGAUCAUUUUAAAGGGGGCGACACUCUCAGAUAUCAGAACAAUAUCUGAUGAGGUUUUCAAUGCCUGGUGAUGUUCAUGAUGAUAAACCUGUCUGUGUCUGUAUGGGUGCAUUUCUUUUAAGUUGUUGCUCCCAGUCUCAGUCUGUUUAUUUCCCCGCAUGUCAGAUUUUGUUGAAUACAUAUCAGUCUGUGAAUUAAGCUCACACUUGUUUAUUGUGAAAUCUUCUCUUCGUGGAUUCAAAAAAAAAAAAGCCCACUCUUUCAUUUAGUUUGAGUGCAG